AUGACCAGAGGAAAAUCCUUAUUUGGUACCUUGAAUCCAGAGCAUUCUCAAAACCCGCUUCAGUGCCAGGUGCUGGUCACAGUGCCAGAAUCCUUAGAGGCUUUGAUGCUCUCUACCAAUCCAAAGGUGCAAGAGUUCGUAUCUCACAUCAAAUAUGUAGUCUUUGAUGAAGUCCAUUCAAUCGGUGCCUCCCCUGAAGCUCACAUCUGGGAACAUUUGCUGCUUCUCAUUCAAUGCCCCUUCCUCGCUCUUUCGGCAACAAUCGGAAAUGCAGCUAAGCUUCAUGCGUGGCUGGAUAAUGCUGAGCAGAGUAAAACGGACCAUAAGCGCAAGGUUGACCUCAUCAUACAUCAUGAACGCUAUUCCGAGCUGGAACUAUCCAUCAUGCGCGUGGAGAAGCCACAGCCUAUCGAGGCUAGCCCUAAUAACGAUCUCGAAGUGGCUUCUUCGGCAACAUCCGAUUCCAUCGAUGGAGAUAUAAUCGAGCCAUUCAUGCCGUACGGUGUGUUCAUGCCCGAAAAAAUUAGGAUGUUUGGUAUUCCCGAUGACCAGCAGUUGACGGCUCGACAGAUCUUGCAGCUCUACACGACUAUGGCUUCUGUUGACGAAAAAACCAAAAAUGAGUUUGAGCCAUGUCAUUUUUACGGGUACAAAGCAAGUGAACCGCUAUGGCUUUCGCGUUCUGCCUUACGAAAGCUCGAGAAUGGCUUGAAACAGCGUCUCCUUCAGUGGCUUGCGGAAGAUGAACAGAAAUUGAAGAAGGUACUGAAUAACUUGGCGAAGCCCAUCGAUGAACAACUGCAACAUCGCGCUGUGCCUUUCAAUAAGGAAAAACUUGCUUUGGAAAAUAUCGUCCGCAUUGUUGAUGAGAUGAACGAGAAAAAUAUGCUACCUGCAAUGUGUUUCAACGAUGAUAGAAGCGUUUGCGAGAACCUUGCUAUCCGACUUUGCAAAGAGCUCGAAGACAGAGAAAUGGAGUUCAUGAAUAGCGCUGAAUUUAAAACGAAGUACGCAAUAAAAGAUGAAGAUGUGAGUUGUAAGGGUAGAUAA